UGUUUAUAAGGAAGUGAGUCUUCCGCCCUCACUCACUAGUGUGAAAGCUUUGUGAGGAACAAACAUGAGAGUUUUUGUUGCGUUUGCUUGCUUCCUGGCGACGUCCCUUGCUGAAAAGCCUCGCCCAUGCACAAGCCCUCCUCUUUUGAGUGGCCAAAUGAUGGUGUCCACACAGAAUGAAAAGCUGUGGGCUUCCAUUCGCUACCUGUACGACGCUCUGGGACAAAAGAUCCGGCUCCAAGAGAUGGGGUAUUACCAGAAUCACUCCUUCACCUAUGAUGGUCUUCUUCUCUUCAGAGAGGCAGUCAUGUAUGAGAUCAACAAUCAUGACCACACAUGCAAAAAGAGGCCCCUGAAAGUGGACUUCCAUCCGAUGGCUAUCCCGAACAACGCCACUCUUUUGGGCCAGGCUGUUUUGGGAAGUUCUUCAGGCCCGGGUCAGGGGCUACUUGUCAACACGUGGAUGGGCAUCAUUCCUAAGACUGGAGGACGGUACCUGACCACAGUCACAGAAUUUGGAUGCAUCCCUAUCUCCAUGUCCUACCAAACUCAGCCUUUUGGAUGGAUGGUGACAAAUUUCUUCAACAACGUCAUUGGCAUUCCGGACCCAGGUCAGCUCAACCCACCGGCCUUCUGCCAGGACGCGUCACACGAGGAGCCAGUCGACUUCUUCAGCUUAUUCCAGUAGAAAUAAGCGCAUGUUUUCAACCUAAAUCCACUACAAUAAGUCAAUUACUAUUCGACUAACAAUGGAUAAUCAUCAUCUUGUGGAAAAAAAUGAGUAAAAACUAAGUCUGUAGCCAUUAUGUUUGCAUUAGUAACAGUUUACGAUUACUUGCCCAGCAGGCACAAGACAUUGAUACAACGUUGACAUGUCCUUUAAAACUGACUUUGAAACAUUGCAAAAUAGUUGUAGUGAUAAAUUGACAUUGUUGGUUGGAAAAUGACCAAAUUUCAUAGGUCAAAUCAACAUCACAACCUGACAUUGAAUAAACGUUGUCAAAAAGUG